AUGCGGAAGACGCGAUCCGGGAAAGGCGCCAAUGCGAUACGUUCAAAAUCCACUCUUUGCCGGCAACAACCCGAUCGUAGGACGGGUCCCGCUAGAAGAAAAGCCACUGUGAAGAGAGCAAGACUCGACCUUGAGAUGCUCCAGGGAGAGGUAAGUGAGGGCGAGGGGGUUAUCAAAACAAAUUAUCCACCUCACACGAUCAGCACGGACAACAAUCUGCAAGAGUGGGAAGAGACAGAGAGAACACUAUCCAACUAUCACGGCCAUUCUUCGCCCAGCGACUUAGGAAGGGCAUUCAGCCCACCGCGUACGGAAGCGGCCCCGAUCGAAGAUACUAUACAUGAAGGUCAAUCAUUGGCCCUCCUCGGCUUUGCAGAAGUGACCGAGCCACCUACUGGGACAUCCCGUGAGGCUUUAGCACGUGAUGAUUCAAACACGGAGAACAUUCAAUCAGUCGUGAUCGAAAUUUCCCACGACCGACUAGUUGAGCUUGACGGCGAACGAAUAGUACCACUCCAAGCAGAGCAUGAAUUGCAAGAAGACCCCAUUCCUGGCAGUUCAUAUCGGAGAACGCAUCGUACGAGCAAGCGUAGCGAGCAUGGGACUUUGAUGCCUUGGGCAUCGCGCAAAUGCGAGGAGGAAUUUAUUACAAGAUAUGAAGAUAAAUUCGAGGCACUACAGAUGACGUGGUUCAACGUGGCUAGCCUCAGCGGUGAAGACGGAACGCUGGAAGCCUUGUUUAAUAAAUUUAAGGACUGCUUGGUUAAGAUGGGCAAGAAGAGAAAGAAUGAAGACACCUGUCGGAACGCCACAGCAUAG